AUGUUUUUAUUUUAUUUUUUCCAUCUCAUCUCCUCUCAAAUCCCUGAAGGUUUUGUUCGCUUGAAAGACAUAGACUCCACUAUAUUGCAGGAAAUGCGAUAUGCACAAUAUCAUAAUUUCGUAGGUAGACCCAUAAAGGGGUAUUUACUUGAAGAGUGUGUCUUGACGAUUGAGGCUGCACAACAAUUAGCAAAAAAUCAAAAGGAAGCUAUUAAACAGGGUUAUUUGAUAAAGGUUUGGGAUUGCUAUCGUCCUUAAAAGGCUGUUGAUGAUUUCUAUUAAUGGAGUUUGAAUGAUAAUAUUACAAUGUAGGAAGAGUUUUAUCCAGGCGAACAAAAGGAACUUCUGUUUGAUCACGGGUACAUCGCCAAGAAAUCUGGACACAGUAGGGGAUCGACUGUUGAUCUGACUUUAGUUCCGUAUCAUCCUGAUAAACAAUAAGAAUAUAAACCUGGUGAUUAACUAAUUCCAUGUUUCCAAGAUAAUAGGUUUAAAGACAAUACCAUCGAUAUGGGGACGGGGUUCGAUUGCUUUGAUGAGAAAGCCCAUACUUAUUGUGGAGAUUUGACAAUCGAAUAGAGAAAUAAUAGAGAUCAACUAUUAACAUUGAUGUAGAAUUUUUCAAAUUAUAUUGACGAAUGGUGGCACUUCACAUUAAUAAACGAACCAUACAAAAAUAUAUAUUUUGAUUUCGACAUUAAAGAUUGA